AUGGAUGCGCUCAGCCCCCGACAGGGCAACAACACUACGUCCUCCUCCUCCUCCACCUCCUCCUCCUCCGAAGGUCUCUUCGGGACAAACGGCAGCGCUGCCGGCCUCUCCGACGUGACCUUCAGCUACCAGGUGGUCACCUCGCUGCUGCUGGGCACCCUGAUCUGCAGCGCGGUGCUGGGGAACGCGUGCGUCGUCGCUGCCAUCGCGCUGGAGCGCUCCCUGCAGAACGUGGCCAACUACCUGAUCGGCUCGCUGGCCGUCACCGACCUCAUGGUGUCGGUGCUCGUGCUGCCCAUGGCCGCGUGGAACCAGGUGCUCAACAAGUGGACGCUGGGCCAGGUCACCUGCGACCUGUUCAUCUCCCUCGACGUGCUGUGCUGCACCUCGUCCAUCCUGCACCUGUGCGCCAUCGCGCUGGACCGCUACUGGGCCAUCACCGACCCCAUCGACUACGUGAACAAGAGGACGCCCCGGCGGGCCGCCGCGCUCAUCUCGCUCACCUGGCUCAUCGGCUUCCUCAUCUCCAUCCCGCCCAUGCUGGGCUGGCGCACCCCCGAGGACCGCUCGGACCCUGACGCGUGCACCAUCAGCAAGGACCACGGCUACACCAUCUACUCCACGUUCGGCGCUUUCUACAUCCCGCUGCUCCUCAUGCUGGUGCUCUACGGGCGCAUCUUCCGAGCCGCGCGCUUUCGCAUCCGCAAGACGGUCAAGAAGGUGGAGAAGAAGAAGCAGAGAGCGGACCACCCCCGCUUGGGGGCGUCCCCGGCCCCGCCGCCCCGGAGGAGCAUCAAUGGGGAGCCCGAGGGCAGAGGGUGGGGGCAGGGCGCGGGGCAUAAGGCCGGGGGCGUUCAGUGCGCCAACGGGGCGGUGCGGCUGGGCGAGGACGGCGCGGCCUUGGAGGUGAUCGAAGUACACCUGAUGGGCAACUCCAAAGAGCACCUGCCCUUGCCCAGCGAGGCGGGCCCUGUCCCCUGGGCCCCCAACCCGUUAGAGAAUAAAAAUGAGCGCAACGCCGCCGAGGCCAAGCGCAAGAUGGCCCUGGCCCGCGAGAGGAAGACGGUGAAGACCCUGGGCAUCAUCAUGGGCACCUUCAUCCUCUGCUGGCUGCCCUUCUUCAUCGUGGCCCUGGUCCUGCCCUUCUGUGAGAGCAGCUGUCACAUGCCCCGGCUACUGGGCGCCAUCAUCAACUGGCUGGGCUACUCCAACUCCCUGCUCAACCCGGUCAUCUACGCCUACUUCAACAAGGACUUCCAGAACGCCUUCAAGAAGAUCCUCAAGUGCAAGUUCUGCCGCGGGUGA